AGAGGGAGCGGACGGUCGGGAGCCGCUGCUUCAAUCUCGCUAGUCGCCGGGAGAGGAACUGGGGGAAGGGCCGAACUACCGGUCAGCCGCAGGGCAUUAAAGAAGAUGGCAUUCAGCAAAGGAUAUCGUAUCUAUCACAAACUGGAUCCACCACCCAGUCCUUACAGUGUGAUAGUAGAAACCCGAAACCGGGAGGAUUGUCUGCUGUUUGAGUCUAGGGCUGUGGCUGUUCUCUCAUCAGCAGAGAAAGAAGCCAUCAAAAGCAUGUACACAAAGCUACUAGAUGCAUAUGGUCUUCUUGGAGUUUUGAGGUUGAACCUUGGUGACAACAUGUUGCAUUACCUUGUGCUGGUGACUGGCUGUAUGUCAGUGGGAAAGAUACAAGAUUCUGAAGUCUUCAGAGUCACCUCUACUGAAUUUAUUUCUCUUCAAAAUGAGCCUUCAGAUGAGGAACGUAUCUCUGAAGUAAGGAAGGUGUUGAAUUCUGGAAGCUUCUAUUUUGCUUGGUCUUCCAGUGGUGUCAGUCUAGACUUGAGCCUGAAUGCCCAUCGUAGACUGCAAGAGCAUACAACAGAUAACCGUUUUUUUUGGAACCAGUCAUUACACUUGCACCUGAAGCAUUAUGAUGUGAAUUGUGAUGAAUGGGCGUUGAGACUCAUGUGUGGUGGAGUGGAGAUCAGGACUAUCUAUGCUGCUCACAAACAAGCAAAAGCUUGCUUGAUUUCACGGCUCAGCUGUGAAAGAGCAGGGACCAGGUUCAAUGUGCGAGGAACAAAUGAUGAUGGACAAGUAGCUAAUUUUGUUGAAACCGAGCAGGUAAUAUUCCUAGAUGAUUGUGUGUCCUCCUUUAUCCAGAUUCGAGGUUCUGUCCCAUUGUUCUGGGAACAACCAGGUCUUCAGGUUGGGUCCCAUCGUGUGCGAAUGUCCAGAGGCUUUGAAGCCAAUGCACCUGCUUUUGAUAGACAUUUUAGAACACUGAAAAAGCUAUACGGAAAGCAAACUAUGAUCAAUUUGCUAGGAGUAAAAGAAGGAGAGCACAUGCUCAGUAAAGCAUUUCAAAGUCACUUGAAGGCCAGCGAACAUGCUGCAGACGUUCCUAUGGUGAAUUUUGACUACCACCAGCAGGUGAAAGGUGGGAAGACAGACAGGCUUGUAACUGUGCUGAAACCCAAGGUGGAAAAGUUUCUGGAUGAGUGUGGCUUCUUUAGCUGUGACUCCAGUGGAGUUCAGAGGUGCCAGACUGGUACCAUCAGAACCAACUGUCUUGAUUGCCUUGACAGAACGAAUAGUGUGCAAGCCUUCUUUGGGUUGGAGAUGCUUUACAAGCAACUCGAUGUUCUGGGACUAGCUGAGAAGCAACAAAUGGUCACAAGAUUCCAAGAGGUCUUCCGUUCCAUGUGGUCAAUGUGUGGUGAUUCAAUCAGUAAAAUCUACGCUGGAACUGGAGCACUGGAAGGAAAAGCUAAGGGUGGAAAGUUGAAGGAUGGAGCACGCUCAGUUACCAGAACCAUUCAGAAUAAUUUCUUUGACAGCUCCAAGCAAGAGGCUAUUGACAUCUUGCUACUUGGUAAUACUUUGAACAGUGACUUGGCAGAUAAAGCCCGAGCUCUCUUAACAACCAGCACGUUGCAUGUUCCAGAAUUGACACUUCAAUCAGCUUCGCCUCGAGUCUUACAUGGGAUGUGUGAAAACUACCAUAAAUAUACAAAACCAAAACGUAUCCGAGUCUGUGUUGGAACCUGGAAUGUAAAUGGCGGAAAGCAAUUUCGUAGCAUUGCUUUCAAGAAUCAAACUCUUAAUGACUGGCUGUUGGAUGCAUCAAAAAAGGCAAACAUUCAAGAGUUUCAAGACAAGAGUGGCAAAUCUGUGGACAUUUUUGCUAUUGGAUUUGAGGAAAUGGUUGAGCUCAAUGCAGGAAAUAUUGUAAGUGCAAGCACUACUAAUCAGAAGCUGUGGGCAGCUGAGAUACAGAAGAGUAUCUCCAGGGAUUGCAAGUAUGUUCUUUUAGCUUCUGAGCAGCUCGUGGGUGUCUGCUUGUUCGUUUUUAUCCGACCACAGCACGCACCAUACAUCAGAGAUGUAGCAGUUGACACUGUUAAAACUGGAAUGGGAGGAGCCACUGGUAACAAAGGGGCAGUUGCUGUUCGUAUGGUGUUCCAUAGUACCAGCCUCUGCUUUGUUUGUGCACAUUUUGCUGCUGGCCAAUCGCAAGUCAAAGAAAGGAAUGAAGAUUACAUUGAAAUAGCUCGCAAACUGAGUUUUCCAAUGGGGAGGUUACUAUUUUCUCAUGACUAUAUAUUUUGGUGUGGAGAUUUUAAUUAUCGCAUUGAUCUGCCAAAUGAAGAAGUAAAAGAGCUGAUCAGACAACAGAACUGGGACUCUCUCCUUUCAGGAGAUCAACUUAUUAAUCAGAAAAAUGCUGGACAUAUUUUCCGAGAAUUCUUAGAAGGUAGAAUAAAUUUUGCACCAACAUACAAAUAUGACCUGUUCUCAGAUGAUUAUGACACAAGUGAGAAAUGUCGAACACCAGCCUGGACGGAUCGAAUUCUUUGGAAAAGAAGAAAAUGGCCUGUUGACAAAUCAGCUGAAGACCUGGAUUUGUUGAAUUCCAGUAUUAAGGAUGAACAUAAGCUAACUAAUUCUUGGAGUCCUGGAACACUCACAUAUUAUGGACGAGCAGAACUGAAAACAUCUGAUCAUAGGCCUGUGGUUGCUACAAUAGACAUAGACAUAUUUGAGGUGGAUCCUGAAGCUCGACAAAGAGUGUACAAGGAAGUUAUUGCUCUCCAGGGGCCACCUGAUGGAACAGUGGUCACUUCCCUGACCAGCUCCUCCCCAAACCAGGAUCAUUUUGAUGAUAACUUAAUUGAUCAACUGCUUCAGAAAUUUGCUGCAUAUGGUGAUGUUAUUUUGAUCAGGUUUGUAGAAGAUAAAAUGUGGGUCACAUUCUUGGAAGGUAGUUCUGCUUUAUCAGUGCAAAGGUUAAACGGCACUGAAGUUUUGGGCAGGACACUCCACAUUUGCCUGAAGAAUCCAGAUUGGACCAGUAAAUUAGAGGAAGAGAUGAGUCUGGAAAGAAGUGGUCUUGGUUUACCAGUCUCGACUAGCUCCAUGCUGCUUGGAGAGGAUACAGAAGUUACUGCUGACUAUGAUAUGGAAGGGGAUGUGGAUGAUUAUAGUGCUGACGUAGAUGAAAUUCCUCAGCAUUUGCAGCCUAUCUCUGGUUCAGGUUCAGGUACCUCUCCUGCUUCAACUCCGAGGACAAGUCCAUGUCCAUCUCCCACAAUACCAGAGAUGCCUCUACCAACACUGCCGAGUAGACCAAGUAGAGCAGCCUCCAGAACUGUUGCAGUUCAACAAGAGCAGCCUCAACAAGACACUUCAGAGUUCCAGCAAGUAUCAGCGCACAAGGAAGGUAGUCAAACCCUAGAACCAAAGCGGCCACCUCCUCCACGUCCUGCAGUCCCUCCUUCAAGACCUGCUCCUCCACAAAGGCCACCACCUCCGUCAGGUCCAGGGGCACCUGUCAGUCCAGGGUUAGCUAGAAAAGAAAUGGAAGGCCGUGUCCAGCCUUCUCCACAAGCAACCGUUAAUUCAGCUAGUACUGGAACCGGUGCUGCAUCUAGACCGAGCAUACCACCACGUGCUGGGGUUAUCAGUGCGCCAGCAAAUGUACCUAUCAAGCAGUCAGAAGCUCAGAGCAAAACUCCAGAACAGUUAAAAGGAUCAAUGCUCUUGCCAGAACCACUCAAGCCAAAACUUGCUACUCCACUUCCACUGCAACCUCCCCCACUUAGUUCGCAGAAACUACAGGAGCCUCUUAAACCCGUUGGUUUGAAACCUAUUUCUCAGACUCCACCUCCUUCUCUUAGCUUAGAUCAUCUAGCACCUCAGGCUCCACCUCGCAGCAAAUCUGCCCAGAACCUGCCAAUAGAACCUGCCACUGCAGAGCAGCUAAAAGCCAGUAUUAAUGGAGUUAAAAAUGGAGGACCAUCUAACAUUGACCCUUUUGUUGAUCUUUCACUUGACCGGUUUGUUGAUCCUUGGACAAAGACUCCGUUAUCAAGUGGAAACACUAGGUUGCAACCAGCAUAUGCUUGUGUAUCUCCUACUUUGCGCCAACAACAAUCCAUUCAACCCAUUGUGUCAUCACAAGCUAAUUGCAUGCCAUUAGUACCUCCCAUCCCUCCCAGAAGUAAAUCACAGGAGAGCUUUCAAGUCUCUCCCAGUCAUUUGAAUUGUCUGGCUGAUGGCAAUACUUCCAGCACAAACCCUUUCACUCGAAAAACUGGUUAUAAUCCAUUUAGGACUGAUGCUCAAAACUCUAUACAAAGACCUGCUGCUGCAUCACAAACAUCUGUGCAAACAAGUAGUAGUUACCCUGUCUUUUCCACCACUAAUGCAGGGAUUGGCGAAGCUGCCUUUUCGUCAAAUCCAUUUACUGCCAACAAUAUCUGUCAGAGUAAACCUGCUACAAGUAGCAAAAUGCAAACUAGUGGAUGGGUGACCUUUGAAGACGAUGAUUUUUCUCAAAAAGAUAGAACUUUGCCAACUGUUGCAAAAGAAAUUGACCGCCAGGAUGCUUGGAAUAACAGUGUUCGCAACUUGUCAUUGCAGAAUACACAAAAAUUAUUUCCAAAUUCAGAUUUUGGGUUUGGCAAUGACUGGAAUACAAGUAACAAAGCAACUGGUGCAUCAGUACCUGUACCGUUUCGAAGAGCACCACCACCUAUACCUUUGAGAUCAAAUGUCAUCAUCCCAAUCUUGCCACUCAAUUCAGAGACACUUGACUCUGUAACAAAGCAGGACUUCACUGAAAGAUGAGAUGUGGUCCAACAAGGUCGGAAGGCUAACUUUUAAAAAAAAAAAUUACUUGUAAUUUGACUGCUUUAUCGGGGCUUUAUAUGUGCAAUAUGUUGUGUAUAAAAUGCCAAACGUUUGGCAUCUGCUAUACAAGAAGUUCAACAUUCGUGUUUAAAAAAAUGGUAAUAAUUUUGUAUGGUCAGCAAAUUAUUUGAUGUAUUUUAAAGGGUGUAGAUUUGAAAUCCACCAUUUCCUGAAUGUGAUAUCAACCAAUUAAUGGUCUUUUGUGAAUUGAUCUGGUGUAAAAUGCAAUUAAAAUGUCAUGCAAGGAAGAACAGUAAUGAUAUGAAAUUAUGCUGGUUAAUGCAGCACUGUUGUUCUCCGAACUGUCCAAGAAAUUUAAAUUCAAUCUGACUUGCUAUCAGUUACAAUUUAACUAACCAGUGUUAAAUGUGGUGAUUAGGCUAGUUAUUUUAAGAAUAUUUGCAUAAUUUUUAUCUUUUAUGCCAAGUUAGUUCACAUUAUCCAAUUUUGUAUUACAUCAAAACUUCCAAAAUACUUUAAUUUAUUCACUUAAAAUCAAAGAUUUGUGUUGGGCUUUUGGUAAAACUUUACAAUGGAUGCAGCCAUCCAACAUAUGCAGUACUCUUUUAUUUUUUUUCCUUAUUCCCAUUCAUGCUACUAUUUACCAUGACACACUGUGCUCCUUAUCAAAGUUGGGGGCAGGCUUUAUAUUGACACUUGUUACCAAUACUGUUCACUAAGAGUAAAGCUGUUUAACUUGUUUACACAAUUGUUUGACUCAAUCACUAAGUUGUAGCCAUUGACUGUUCUAAUGAUAUCAAAGUUUCAAAUUGGUGUUGUGGACAAACAUCAGACUAUUCAAUGAAUUGAGUUGUAUUUGCUGUCAAGCCCAGUGUGUUUGAUAACCACUAUGGGAUGCAUCUCCCUUUAGGUAAUGCACUGUCUUUUGAGCAAUGUGGUCUGAGUUCUAUUAAUGGGAUGGAAAUGUGUUCAUCCUCACUUUAGGGGAUCUUGGGUAAAUUUGGGUAAUGUCUAUCUACUUCCAAGAAGGCACAGUACAACAUAAUAAUACACAUUAUAUUUGCACCUUUGCUGGAGAAUGGCUGUUAGAGGAAGUGUGCAAAUAACUGUUUGUUUUUACAAGUUGGGUUAAAGCAUGUGGUAUUUUUUGGGUAGAAAAUGGAGGAAGUUCAUAAACUGUUUAGGAGGGUGGCUGGACUUGAUCUUGACAUCUCAUCCCUGGAAUGACCUUUGUCUUUAUGAGCACAAAAACAUUUAGUGAAUUCUAGUCAUAACAAGAAUUUAACAGUAUUCAUCAGCAGGUUUACCUGGUUAAUAAAAUACUAACUGCUAAUCACUCAGUCAGUUGCUAUGAUUAAAUUAUGCAUCAUAUUAGUCAUUCCUUAAUGGUCUACUUGCAUUAACUUGGUACAUCUUCCAGAAUCAAACUUCUUCAGCUGCCUAAAGUUAAUUACAUGUCUUUCUAAAAGCUUUGAUUUUAAAAAAAUUAAAGCUAACAUGCAAUUAAUCCACUCUUUUUUUUAACCUGGUCUAGAAGGAGCAGACCACCAUAUAAUAAUCUCCCUGGGUCACUAGUUAUCUUAAGUCAAACCAUUCCUAGCACCAGCAUCCUCUUUGAAAAGCACACUUAGUUUUCCCCUCUUUUCCCCAUCUUCAGACCCCACCCACCCACCAAAUCUACUCUCAACCCAAAGUUAUUUAUCUGUAAUGUAUUUCCAUUUAUAGAACGUAUUCAUACCCGAUCAUAUGACUAGUUAAAUCAGAUAUUGAUUUAUAGAAAAAUGUAUUCUGUAAAAAUGUAUGCAACUAUAUAAACCAAGGUUAUGACAGCAGAUUAGCAACAAGGCUAUUGAAUAAUAGACCAGAAUUUUUUUUCAGGAGGAACAGUAAAUAUUCCAAAUUGCUCUUCAAAUUUGACAUAAGCAUGGACAUCUCACAUUGUUUAAAAGCUUACUACGUUCUCCAUUUGUUUGACAUAAAUGCUAAUUUGUAAGGCUAUUGCUGCAAUUGUGUUAGUGCAUUAAACUAUAUGUCACUGUGCAUGAUUUUGUUCAGAUGCAAUACUUACAAAAUCUUAAACUGUCAUUAAGCGUUUUGAUUUUAAAAUGUUGAUCUGAAAACAGGGAGGUAAUUCUUUUGGUCUGUUUCAAAACUGUCCUCCAUUAUUGUCUUUUAUUGAGCUAGCUCAACUGCACUAAUACAUGAAAGUUAAUAGGUUCUUUCAUUGAUCAGAAAGCGAAUAAUAUGAAAUAAUGCUGAAACAGUGAAACAAAAUCUUGCAGCCUUGCCAUAGUUAGUGUAUUGGCUAAAUUCUCACUACUGACAUCUUCAGGGCAUUAUUAUAAUGCUUUUGCUGCUGCUCUUUUUGCCUGUGGUGCAGUGGGAAAUCACUGUUUAAAUAUUCCUUUCAUGCCACAUCAACUAAUAUACUUCUACAUGUAAAUGGUGUUCAAGCGUAUAACUUUUCAUUUUGGUAUCCAGUUUUAAGAUGUUCAGUGUGAAAACAUGAUGUCACUGUGUAAAUUUCCAAUUUGUAACUGUUGAGCUUACUGCUGACAUCUGUGGCUUAUGAAGGACUGCAGCAAAUAUGUAAUUUUGCAACACCUCAAAUUGUAUACAAGACCUAACUGCAAUUUGUCAAUGUGGUAAUCUGGCUGUUUAUGGUUUUUAUAGGUCCUCUGAUCUUUAAAAUGUUUAUUAAUGUGUAUCUAUAAUCCUACAGGUUGUUUGUUAUAUUCAGUGAACAACAUGUCUUAAUCUUUUCCCGAAGACUGCUGUAUUGAGAUUAAUGUGUGCAUAACAAAUUUGUACAUAUCCUGUGAUGU